AUGGCCCUUCUGCAUGUCCACCAGGCCAAGGCAUUGAAAGAGCUGCAUGAGGGUGGUCCUGACCCGGGAGUAAUGCAGAAGCUGCGCUCGGCGACCGACCUCGCCCAAUGGGCGACGGAGGUCAAAGCACGGGCUCUCGGGCAGGCUGGCCUUCUCGGCGACACCGUCAAAGACUUCGCACAGCAGUUUUCGACGGUAAAGCAGCAGACCGAGGCCACUCAGCACAUCUUGCCCCAGUGUGGUUCAAGAUCGCACACCCUGUCUGCCCGUCACUGCGGCGACCUUCCUGCGGCGGCAACAUCGGCUUCUCCGCAGCCUGAACCAAUGGCUCGGCCCCGACGUAGAGCUCCCCGCAGGAAGUUGACACCCCCGUCUAACGGUCCGCGACCAAGAACCCUAGAAAGGCUUCUAAGUGCCUCUGAGAUGGGCGACCCGGAGCUGGGUCCGCGAAGGCGGGGGACUCGUGUCCGCAGCGCCCCUGAUGCGAAUGUUUGGUGUACGGCUGUCGUGACCACGGACCACUCCGCCCUCCACCGGGGGAAGGAGUGGUCCGUGUACCACCUCCUGGUUGACAGCGGAUCUCCUCACUUCUGGGUCGCCUGUCUCAGGGACGCUUCGAAGCCCUCCUGGGGUUCUUGGCGCCAGACUGAGGGACGGGGGGCAUCAACUUUCUGUGGAAGGCUCUACGCUGAUGCCGAGCCGUCGGCUCGGGCUGUGGUGGAGCCGGUGUUACUGCCACAGGUGGACGCCCUCGGCGACGAGCAGACGGGGUACUGGAUCUUGGCUGCCUACUGGCAGUAUGAAGAGUGCAAGCUGUCCCGAACAGGCCCGCCUGCCACCAUUGUAGCCAUAGAUGAAGAGAGCCCUAACGGAACUCUUCUGGUGGAGAACAUGCAAAUAAAUGGAAGAGCAGAAGACCCUGAUCGCACCAUCUCUUUAUCCUUACGAGACAACCAUGACUACUGGGUCAUCCUGGACCCGGUCAGAAAACGGCUGUAUCUAAACAGCACUGGACGACUUCUAGACCGAGAUCCACCCUCCUACAUUCAGUCCAUUGUGGUGCAGGUUCAGUGUACUAAUGAGCUUGUUGGCACAGUGAUACUGCACGAGGUGCGGAUAGUUGUACGGGAUCGCAAUGACAACGCCCCACGCUUUCAGCAGCCACGCUACUAUGUAGCAAUUAAUGAGCUAACGCCUGUUGGAACCACCAUCUUCUCUGGUUUUACGGGGAACAACGGGGCAGUUGACAUUGAUGAUGGGCCUAAUGGACAAAUUGAAUACACCAUUCAGUACAACCCUAAAGAUCCAAGCACAAACAGGACAUUCGACAUCCCCCUCACCCUGUCUGGAUCGGUGGUUCUGAGGGAGCGGCUGAAUUACGAAGAGAUCACACGCUACCUGGUCAUCAUCCAGGCCAAUGACCGAGCUCCAAACCCAAAAGACAGGCUUACCGCCACCACCACACUCACGGUGGAUGUGUUGGACGGGGAUGACCUGGGCCCCAUGUUCCUGCCCUGCAGCCUUGUAGACAACACCCGCGACUGCAAACCUCUCACUUACCAUGCCAGCAUACUGGAGCUCACAGAUCCAAGCCGAGUAAACCCUGUCAAUGUGACACCACCCAUUCAAGCUGUGGAUCAAGACAGAAACAUUCAACCACCGCCAGAUCGGCCAGGCAUCAUGUACUCAAUCCUUAUUGGGAAACCUGCGUCAUAUGCGGAGUACUUCUCCCUGAACCGCACCACAGCUGAGCUCCGGCUUCUACGGCUCAUCAGCAGAGAACAACACCAGCAUUUCGACCUUGUCAUUAAGGCAGAGCAGGAUAAUGGACACCCACUCCCGGCAUUCGCUAAUCUCCACAUUGAGGUGCUUGAUGAGAACAAUCAGGUGCCGUACUUCCAGUUGGCCACUUAUCAUGGAUUCAUCUCGGAAUCUGCUCCGCUGGGCACCACAAUCUCGAGCAACGCCAAUCUCUCCACGCCCCUUGCCAUUAUCGCUCUGGAUAACGACAUUGAGGAGAUGAAAGAUCCAAUGGUACGCAUCUCUCUGGACAACUACAACAGCAUCUUUGCAGUGACACCCAGUGGGAUAGCACGCUAUCUGACACUACUGAGGCCCGUGGACCGUGAAGAGCAGCAGAGUUAUGCCUUUACGAUGAUUGCUUCAGAUGGAGUUCAGGAGAGCUCUCCAGUCACCGUGAAUAUCACUGUGAUCGAUGCCAAUGACAACACACCCACCUUCCCCAACGUCUCAUACAGCGUCAGUGUGUACACAGACAUGCUGCUCGGGGACACAGUCCUACAGCUGACAGCAGUAGAUGCUGACAACGGUCCCAACGGGCUUGUAAGCUACAAAAUCCUGGCGGGGGAUCAGGGACACUUCAGCAUCAAUGACUGUACAGGACUAAUCACUGUGGUGCCCGGUGUCAACCUGACCAUGGGCCACACUUACGCACUAACCGUUAGGGCCUCAGACAAUGGUCCUGUGUCCCAACGAAGAAGUUCCAUCACGACAGUGUAUAUCGAGGUGCUGCCACCCAACAACCAGAGUCCUCCCCGUUUCCCCCAGCUUAUAUACAUCCUGGAGAUCAGUGAAGCUAUGAGAACUGGAGCCACACUGCUCAACAUACAGGCAACAGACCGUGAAAGAGAUCCCAUCACAUACACCAUCCUGAGUGGAGAUCCAAACAACGUCUUUGAAGUCUCCCAAAAAUCUGGGCUGUUGUUGCUGGCAAAAACACUGGACAGAGAGAUCACGGAUAGCUACAUGCUAACGGUCACAGCUUCUGAUGGCAAGCCAGAUGGGACUUCGACUGCUACGGUGAAUAUAGUGGUGACUGAUGUCAACGAUAAUGACCCAGUGUUCGAUCCACUCCUGCCCCUCAAUCUCACAGUUCAAGAGGAAGAGGCCAACGCUUUUGUGGGUCAAGUGAAGGCCACUGAUCUGGACUUGGGUGUUAACGGGCAGGUGCAUUACAGACUGGUCAGUCACAAGGAUCUUUUCAGGAUCAGCACUGAUGGCAGCAUUUUCACCGCUGUCCCACUGGACCGAGAGGAGAGGGGGCAGUAUGAUUUAGUGGUGGAGGCUUGGGACAGAGCCAAAGACCCUCGCCGGACCACCCUCACACUCUCCAUCACAGUGCUGGAUGUGGAUGACAACAGCCCGGUGUUCUCUCAGUCUGCAUAUCACGCUACACUGCCAGAGAACAGCCCAGUGGGCAUGGUCAUCCUCAAUAUCAGUGCACUAGACCCUGAUCUGGACGCAAACAUCACCUACCGUAUUAGGACAGAGGACGCCCGGGAGCUGUUUGCCGUGAACCCCCUCACUGGAGAGCUCAGGGUGCUUCACUCUCUUGAUUUUGAGAAAUUCUUACCUAAUGGGACAACACAUAUGUUCGUAGUUGAGGCAGUGGAUGGUGGCAAUGGGAACAUGCCCCCUGGAUUAGCUUCUGUCAUCAUCACUGUAAUGGACAUGAAUGACUUCUCGCCAGUGUUCACUCAGACGCUCUACCGGGGAAUGGUGGCACCCAACGCAAUCAAGGGGACCGUAGUCACCACAGUGCACGCACAGGACCUAGACCCACUGGGUACUGCGGCCAGUCGAGUACACUAUAAAGUAGAUCUGGAGCAGUUUCCUUACAGCGCUAGUAUCUUUGACAUAGAGGAGAACUCAGGCAGUGUUCUCACCAAAGUCAAUCUCAACGAGGAGCCCAACACUAAAUUCAAUUUGGCGGUUAUUGCUUACGAUGACGGGGAGCCGAUGAAGUUCAAUAAGAGUCUUGUGGAGAUCACUGUCCUGCAGCCGUCAAUCAUUCCUGUCUUCACACAGGAGGAGUACAGGUUCUCUCCGGUCAGUGAGAAUGCCCCCGUGGGAACGGUCACUGGAGUCAUCUUGGCAGCUGCCAUAAACCAGACCAUCAUCUACUCCAUCACUGAAGGAAACGAAGGUGGUGAAUUCAUUGUGAACAACAUCACUGGAGUUAUCAGCACUGCCAAGCCACUGGACUAUGAGAGCAACAGCAGUUAUGUCCUCCAUGUGGAAGCUGACUCCAUGAGGGUGGUGUCAUCCAACCUGCGAGCCCCGUCCAAAAGCAAUACAGCAAAGGUCUUCAUCGAUGUUCAAGAUGAGAAUGACCAUCCGCCUGUGUUCACGAAGCCCCUUUACCUGGGUGGGGUUGCAGAGGAUGCCAAGACCUUCUCCUCUGUUUUGCAGGUCCAGGCUGUGGAUAAGGACACAGGGAACUACAGUGCCAUGCUGUACAGGCUGAUUAUCCCCCCAACAACAGAUGGCAAAGACGGCUUUGUUAUUGAGCCGUUCACAGGCAUAAUUAAGACGGCCAUCAUGUACAGGAACAUGCGACGCUCCUACUUCAAAUUUGACGUGGUUGCCACGGACGACUAUGGCGAGGGACUCAGUAGCAGUGCCCAAGUGGUGGUGUCUGUGGUGAACCAGCUGGACAUGCAGGUGGUCGUAUCCAAUGUGCCACCCACCAUAGUUGAACAGAACAAGGAUCAGCUGAUUAGGAUUUUAGAGCGCUAUGUCCAGGACCAGAUCCCUGGAGCUAAAGUAGUUGUGGAGUCUAUUGGGCCGCGACGUUUCGGUGAUGGUUAUGAUCAGGAGGACUACUCAAAAUCUGACCUGAUGGUUUACGCCAUCGAUCCUAUGACCAACAGAGCACUCUCAAGACAAGAGCUCUUCAAGUUUUUAGAUGGGAAGUUAUUGGACAUUAAUAAGGAGUUCCAGCCCUACAUAGGUCGUGGAGGACGUAUUCUUGAGAUCCGCACACCGGAUGUGGUGGAGAGCGUGAAGAAGUCAGUUCAGUCUGUUGGAUAUACUGAAGGAGCCCUGCUGGCCCUGGCCAUCAUUAUUAUCAUGUGCUGUAUCCCAGCCAUCCUUAUCGUCAUCAUCACCUAUAGACAACGGCAGGCAGAGUGUGCAAAAACAGCCAGGAUCCAAAUGGCUCUUCCAGCUGGCAAAACAGGAGGUGCUGCCACCAACAAUCUGUAUGAAGAACUCGGCGACAGCACCAUGAGAGGGUACGGCCAUCAGGAGCAACAGCAGUUGCUCCGGCCUUCUCUCUUGAGACCAGAGGAACUCUCUAUGGAGUCUGGCAUCGACCCGGGACAGGACUAUUAUACACAGGAUUACUAUAAUUAUGACCACGGCCAUGACCUACCUCAUUAUGGAAGCCGACGGAAGCUGAUCUCUCCAACAGGGAUGUAUGAUGAAUAUGGAAAGGUGAUAAUGGAAGAUGACGGCAGCUACUACUACAGCCCGCAUGAAUCAGAGGCAGAGUAUGGUAGAAAAAAGAGGAUCAAGCUUAUAGCAGACCGUGAAUACGAGACCAGUUCAACUGGAGAAGAAAGUGCCCCUGAAUUGCACAGAAACUGGCUGUCAAAUGUAAACAGCCACAGCAACAUCAACGGCAGCAUCUACUUGUCCCAGAAUGGCUCAAUCAUCCGGACACGACGAGUCUCACACACUAACAACAUCAAACUGAACUCUCCAAUACGGCUGGGGAAGCACUUUAAAAAACUGGACAAACUUGCUGUUACGCACGAAGAGCGACUUCCUUUAAACACCCCCGUAGUCACAGGCACCUCUGUGGAUGAACGGAACCUCAUGACCAGGCCCUCCAGCGGGUCCCUGGCCUCCAGCACCACAGGCCCAGAGAGCAUAGCUUCCAAAUUAAACAUUGUGAACACAGGGGGUGAAAGAAUUCAGAAUGUGGAUGAACAGGAAUCUACAGUGGACAAUCAGGAGGUUAGGGACCCUUUAGGGUCGCACAGUGAUCGCACCCAGUCAGAUGAGGAGGAGCUCUGGAUGGGGCCUUGGAAUAACCUGCACAUACCAAUGACUAAACUGUAACUUCUGUCGCACACACAGUCUUUAUGGAGAAACACAGAAUUUGCAGCAUAAAAUGAUGAAAUUGCACAUUCAUUCAGUUACAUAUUUGCUUUUCGUGGCCCUGAGAAAUGAGCUUUCUCAUUGAUUGUUGCAUUCAAGUACCUUAAAAAAAAAAAUAAAUAAAUAAAUAAUUAAUUGCCUAUUGUAUGCACUCAUAAAUAUUUAUUUUGUCUUUUUAUUUCAUAGCUUUUCAAAAAUAAAUGUUUGCUGAAGUGUAUUUUAAGUGAAUAAUCAUCAAUGAAAAUAAUUGUGAUUUCACUAAGGUGCACUGUACAUUUGCUUAAAGAGCACCUAUUAUGGUUUUUCAAAUAUUACCUUACAUGUAGUGUGUUAUAUAGCUGUUUGUGAAUGUAAAAAAGUCUGCAAAGUUUAAAAAAUCAAAGUGUGUUAUUGGCUUCCAAAAGAAAGAACCGAUUCUGAACACCUGAAACAAGUCGUUAGUAAUUCCAGACUUCCUGUACUAACCUACAUAAUUUGGUAACAAAAAACCUGAAUCUGGUCUUCAUUGGCUGCUCACGAACAGCUUUGACCCGCCCUCAAACACUACACUAAGCGGUAGACCUAUCACAACAGACUGGGACAUCUGACCAAUCAGAGCAGUGUAGGCUCUCUGAAAGGAGGAGUUUAGAAUGAAUCCUUUAGAACGGAUCAUUGAACGAGUCGUUUUUGACAAUGGGAAAAAAAUGUAAUGCUGCAAUUUAAAUUAUGAGCAAAAUAAAGUGUUUUUUGACCUUGGAUGCAUGUAAAUCUAUUGUAUGAGAUCUUUAAAACAAAAUUAGGCACAUUUAAAAACCAUAAUAGGUGCUCUUUAAUGCCACAGUCAUUUGGAUGGACUUGCACCGGAAAUGAGAGUGCUAUAUUUUUGUGCUUUUUAUACCAAGUUAUAUAAAAACAUUAUGAAUAUUAUCUGUUAAAGACAUGUGCCAAACUGAAGAUAACUUUUGUUUUUGUUGUUGUUUUUUAUGGUUAUUAUUAUUAUUAUUAUUGGCAGAAUAAGAAAUAUUUGUAUAUAUACACACUGUAUAUACACUCACCAACCACGUUAUUAGG